AUGUCUCCAAUCAAAGCCUCUAAUACUCCCAUCGAUCCAACGGAUAGUAAUCAAGUUGAACAAAAAAUUAGACAAGAAUUAGAUUUGAGUAAAGAUGUCACUACUAUCAGACGUAAUGCUCCUGCAGCAAUUCUUUACGAAGAUGCCUUACACGAAAGGAAUACAAUCAUUUCUUCCACUGGUGCAUUGGUUGCUUAUUCUGGUGAAAAAACUGGUAGAUCUCCACGUGAUAAACGUAUCGUCGAAGAAGAAACUUCCAAAGAUGAUAUUUGGUGGGGGCCCGUCAAUAAACCAUGUUCUGAAAGAACUUGGUCCAUUAAUCGUGAAAGAGCCGCUGAUUAUUUAAGAACAAGAGAUCAUUUAUACAUUGUAGAUGCCUUUGCAGGUUGGGAUCCAGAAUAUAGAAUUAAAGUUCGUGUCGUUUGUGCAAGAGCUUACCAUGCAUUAUUCAUGACUAAUAUGUUAAUUAGACCAACUCAAGAAGAAUUGGCUGAAUUCGGUGAACCUGAUUUCACUGUAUGGAAUGCUGGUCAAUUCCCUGCUAAUUUCCAUACUCAAGAUAUGUCCUCAAAGACAACAAUUGAAAUUAAUUUCAAAGCUAUGGAAAUGGUCAUAUUGGGUACAGAAUAUGCUGGUGAAAUGAAAAAGGGGAUUUUUACUGUUAUGUUUUAUUUAAUGCCCGUUCAUCAUAAUAUCUUAACUUUACAUUCUUCAGCUAAUCAAGGUAUUCGAAAUGGUGACGUCACUUUAUUCUUUGGUUUGAGUGGUACAGGGAAGACUACUUUAUCCGCUGACCCACAUAGAUUAUUAAUUGGUGAUGAUGAACAUUGUUGGUCCGAUAAGGGUGUUUUUAACAUUGAAGGUGGUUGUUACGCUAAAUGUAUUAAUUUGUCUCAUGAAAAGGAACCUGAAAUUUUUGAAGCUAUUAAAUAUGGUUCUAUCUUAGAAAAUGUCAUUUAUGAUCCAAAGACUCGUGUGGUCCAUUACGAUGAUUCUACAUUAACGGAAAAUACAAGAUGUGCAUACCCAAUUGAAUUUAUUCCAAGUGCCAAAAUCCCAUGUUUAGCUGAUACUCAUCCAAGUAAUAUUAUCUUAUUAACUUGUGAUGCAUCUGGUGUUUUACCUCCAGUUUCUAAAUUAACUCCAGAACAAGUCAUGUAUCAUUUCAUUUCUGGGUACACUUCCAAAAUGGCAGGUACUGAACAAGGUGUCACUGAACCUGAACCAACUUUCUCCUCAUGUUUUGGUCAACCUUUCUUAGCUUUACAUCCAAUUAGAUACGCCACAAUGUUAGCUAAAAAGAUUUCUAAACAUAGUGCUAACGCUUGGUUAAUUAAUACAGGUUGGACUGGUUCUUCUUAUGUCUCUGGUGGUAAACGUUGCCCAUUGAAAUAUACAAGAGCUAUCUUGGAUUCCAUUCAUGAUGGAUCAUUAGCCAAACAAGAAUUUGAAACUUUACCAGUUUUCAAUUUACAAGUUCCAACUAACGUAAAUAACGUUCCAAAGGAAUUAUUGAAUCCAGCAAAGAAUUGGGCACAAGGUGAGGCUAAAUAUAAUGCUGCAGUUUCUAAUUUAGCUUCCUUAUUUGUAGAAAAUUUCAAGAUUUAUCAAGAUAAAGCAACUCCUGAGGUUUUAGCAGCUGCUCCAAGAAUCUAA